AUGUACCUGUACAACGAAGAAUUACAAUGUCCGCUAGCGCCUCCGGUUUAUCAAGCUUUCAAACAGGGCGAUAAAUAUUCGGUGUAUAUGUGCAAAGCGAAAACAACAAGAAAUCCUGUGUAUCGCUGGCAAAUCGGUGAGGGCGGCAUCAAUCAGUUUGCUUUCUCAGGACCAGAUGCGAAGAUGUUGGCUACUGUAGGACAUGAUGGCUACUUACGAAUAUUCAAUUAUCAUCAGAUGGAAUUGCUGUCGUAUAUGAAAUCGUACUUUGGUGGUCUCCUCACACUUGGAUGGAGCCCAGAUGCGAAGUUAAUAGUAACUGGUGGUGAAGACGAUUUGCUCACUGUUUAUAAUGUUCAAGAGAAACGCGUGGUUUGUCGUGGUCAAGGACAUAAAAGCUGGAUUUCUCAGGUGCAAUUUGAUCCAUAUAUGUGUACUGUUGAUGGUGAACAUGAACUGAACGGACUAGGAGCUUUGGACAUCGGUUCAGAUGAUGAGAAAAUUGCUCAUUCCACAGGAAUCAUUCAAAACGGACAGGAUAGUAAUGCGCCUACUCCAGUUAUAAAACCAAAUGUGCGUAGACCUCCUUUGCAAACAUCUUCCUUUUCGCGAUGCUCUUUCGCUUCAUUUGGUACAAUUAAUGGAACUGGUCGUGGCUGUGGCGGUGUGUGCUAUCGUAUAGGAAGUGUUGGGCAUGAUACACAGCUGUGUUUGUGGGAUAUAACGGAGGAUAUGCUGAAGCCCGCCAAUGUACAGCGACAUCGCAACUCAACAAUCAUUGCACCCAUGUUGGGCCUAGAGAUUCAGACGUCAUCAUCAGGACGCCUUGACCCCCUUUGCGAAGCAUCUCCUGCCCAGUCAACUGGAAGCGCCAAACCGAAAAAGAAACGAGGUUUUCAUCGAAGAGGAUUUACGUUGGGACGAUUGGGCGGGUCAAGUAGCGAUCGGCGUCGUCUUGAGUCUCCAGCAUCACUAACGAAUGCUGCCCUUGAUGAAGCGAAACUUCUAGGAACACGAGUGUGUCCACGCAUGGAAGAUGUCCCUGUUAUUGAGCCUCUGAUAUGCAAGAAGAUCGCGCACGAGCGGUUGACAGUACUCGAAUUCCGCAAGGACUGCUUUGUCACCGCGUGCCAGGAAGGUUUUAUCUGCACAUGGGCGAGACCUGGGAAGGUUCCGAACACGUUGAUGAAACGAGAUGUGAAUUCACCCAACAUCAUGAGUUCACCGACAGGAUUUCGCGACGGAAUCGUGCCGACGUCAUGGGGUAACGUUACAAGUGCUCAGGCGCACUAA